GGGGAUUUUGAAAGCCAGGACUGGACUGCAGAGGAAUUUGAUGGCAACAUUGUGAAACCAAGAGAGGGAAGGGACCAUUACUCAGAGGACAAACAUUUAUUAAAAUUGAAAAAGGGGUUGGUUUUAUCGAUAAGAAGAGGCUUAAGAUUACUGAUAAUUCUUGCACCACAAGAACCAAAACGUUUCGGUUGGGAGUUAAAAUCAGGGGAUCUAACUCCCUUGAAGCAGGGAUCAGGGAAGCCAUAAGCGAACCCUUCAGGGUCAAGGAUAAACGUGGAGAGCCGAUGAGGAAAUCCGAGCGUCCAGCCUUGAACGAUGAAGUAUGGCGUCUGAGGAACAUUGGAAAAGCGGGUGAGCUUCGGAAGCAGCUUUCCCAGAAUAGAAUAAAGACUGUGAAGGAUCUUUUGAGGUUGGACACAAUCGGUUUACUACGAAAGAAAUUCAGCAAGAUUAAUACAUGGGACAAAGUCAUUGAACAUGCUAAAGAGUGUGAACUAGAUGAUUAUGAGCGCUACUCGUAUACGUAUCGUGCCAUGGAACCAGAGAUAUCAGUUUCCCUUGUGUUUAACUGCAUCUACGAGCUUGUGGAGGUCAUUAUUAAUGGGCAGCAUCGUUCUCUGCAAUCUCUGGAUUCGAAGGAGGAGGAAUGUGUGAGAAUAAUUAAGGCGGAAGCAUACUCAAAUGUGGAGCAUCUGGAGCCAAUUGCUGCAACACCAACACAUGGCAUAGUGUCGAAGUUAAGAUGUACCCAACCGGUGUCAUACAGUGCUCCAUAUCAGGGUCUCCCACUGCUCGCUCACCAAGGCCAAUUAGAAGCAUGGCAAUCUACCUCAACAUCAAUUAUAGAUGAACCCUGGCCGUUGUUCUUGGACGAAGUUGAAAGUUACUUUACUCCUAACCCUAACCCUAACCAAUGGGAGCAACCAAAUAUUUUCUCAUUUCCAUGUUCUAACGAUGUAGCAUCAUGUAGCAAAAGCAACCAGUCCUUUUCGCUCAACACUGCUGAGUAUAUGGCAAGCAAAGGGAAAGCCAAGAUGGUUUGGCAGAAAGUCAGAAAUGCCUUCAAACUCCUCAUACAUCCGCAUAUGUCUUCAAGGAAGAAUUAACCAAUUUUCUUUUUGCGGUCACAACUGAAUUGAAUUCGUUUUUCUUUUGAUUGCUUCUUCAAUUGCGUUUUCCCAACUCAAUUUCUGUACUUCGUUAAUCAACUAUUAAUUUAUAAUUGUCGUGCCAAUUUGUCUGUUUCCAAUUUCGGGACCCAUGGUCUUGUUUGUUGUGUAAAAAAGACAUGACAAAAUGUUUCAACGAUAUUGCUGCUUUUGUUGCUAUGUUCUCAGUUAAGACUGUUUUCCUUUGAGGAUGAAAUAUAAUAUUCCCUCCCAUUAA